GGCAUUUCCUUCAAGUACCAUUAAGCGUACACCGAUCAUGAACGACGCUGCCUCGCACGUGAGUUGCACACUCUCCGCAUUGGGAAAAUUGCUAUUCGACGUUGUUGAGGAGUCAUGGAUCAACGCGGCAUGGGAUAACAGGUACACCGACAUAUUUCUCCCUGAUGUCGAUUUGUUAGAAUCGUUCGAGGGAAACAGCAAUCACCUCUUAGACGCGUUGUCGAAUGCGUGCGACGCUUGCCAAAAGUGGUCUCGCUUUUCUAAGACUGACGUGGACGUAGGAGAGGAAGACAGCGACGACAAGCUGUGGAGAACGAUCAUGGAUAAUGGGGUGAACUACAAAGCGUUGCUAGGCUUGAUAUAUUUGGGAAUCGGUCAGGGCUACUCGCCAGGUGCCACCCUCGUGAAAAAGAAGAUAGCGUUGCGCUUUUCUAAACUGUACUUCAAUCUCAUGGUUGUGCUGGGGAGCUCUGUAUUCCAUGAGAGCCUGUUCCAGAGCGCGAUUCAGUGCGUUUGCCUUCCGAACAAGAGCACCAACCUGAAUAGAGAUGGAACGAGAAACGCGUCACAGAGCGGUAGUACGCCAGGCAGCGGUCGGAGCAGCCGGCAAAAGCAGUUCGCCACAGCCACUGCUAGCAAAGACGCCAACGCCGAUGAGAGCACGACUGUGGAAAGUGAGAUCAUUUCCGAGUCAAUGCUUCUGGACUUAAUUACCUGUAUGACCGACUCACUGAAGGACCUCGUUUGGGCGCUUCAUUCAUUCAGCCUGCUCUCGUACAGGGAAGUGACUGAAUUCCUCAUCCAACAUCUGUGUGAACUGGCCCAGCUCGACAUUCCUGGUGCAGACGUGUGCUUCAACGUCGGCCUAGAGCAGCAGUUCCGCGGCUGCCACUACAGCCAGCUGACCUCGUACGUCUACUGCACGUUGAACCUACUGUGCCUGCCGCAGCACGGGGAACCUGCCGACAACUUCCGGGUCAUCGCCAAGAGCCUGAUGCCACACAUCCUCAUGCUGGCCGCCGGCAACGCGCAGACCGUGGCCCAGCCCUUCACGAAAGUUCGAGACAAUGCCGUCGCCUUCUUCUGCUAUGUGAUGCAGUCGUGCGGCGAUUCUAUCAGGGAGAAUUUCCAGGACGUGGCCCUCAUCCUGAUCCACAACGUCGCCUUCCAUGCAGUGAACCGGAUCGACUUCCGGCAGAAGACCACUCACGCUGUGCUCAUGAUUAUGGGCGAGCUCACUGAGGAGCGAUUCAAGCGCAUCGUCCAGUGGUUCAUAAAGCUCACAAUGGUGCCGCUGGCCAAACGGCGUAUCUUUGCCCUCGAGAUGAUCCUUGCCCUCAUCUGGAACGAUCGGGCGGCCGACAAGCGGCCAGACCUGCUGCUUGCUGCCAUAAAGCGGUGCAAUGACAAAAUUGCUUCAGUCAAGACCAAGGCAAUAUCCGUACUUGCAAGCGUUACGAACGAGCAACCUGAGCUGUGGAUACCCCUGCUUAAGGUGUCGAACCCUGUCGAGCCGGAAGACGAGGGUGAAGGGGGACAUGGGGCCGUUGAGGACGACCGCCUCUCUCAGCUGAUGGAGGUGCUCAAGUAUCGUGCGGAAGACUCUAAUAUGCACGUGAGGAAAGCGGUGCUCUCUGUGCUGCAGAAUGUUGUCUGCGCCAGUCAUGACUUCGUCAAGGAAGAGUACGUGGAGAUUCUGAAGGAGAGCUGCCUGGACUUGGCUCUGCCAGUGCGCGAAGAGGCGCUUCUGGCCCUUACCAAGUGCCUGCGCGCACACCCAGAGGAAGAGCUGCUGCUGCGGCACUGGUUGGAAGGGGCUCUUCCACUGGUGCUGGAUGCCGAGAGCUCUGUCAUGGAGAAGGCUGUCGAGACCGUUGAGGAGCUGAUCCUGGGGCCCCUGUCCCUCUUGGCACCAGCAGGACCUGAUGCUGACCUGGCCUGGCGUCUGCUGAUGUCUCAAGGCCCGUUUCGUGAGCACCACAAGUACCUCCAGCAAGCUGUGUUGCAGCUGCAUCGUGCUGAGAAGUUGCGGCCCGACAAGCUGAACGUCCUGAAAACUUACGUUGGAGGUCCCAAUGAUGCAUCAGUCUGGCUGCUGCUUUCCAAGCUCUCUCUCUACUGUGAUCUUGGCCAGGGCGACUUCGCCUACAGCUACUGGAAGCAGCAGUGGGACGACCAGCCGGAGGGGUCAAAUAACCCGCGUGCCUCCAACGAGACAGUCAACCACGUGCUAAUUGUCCUGAAGAGAGUUUCUCGCCACUUGCCUUCAAAUGCACUCCGAGAGAUGAUUGCAGAUCUGGAGCAGCGGCUAUCUCAGCUGCGUCUCCCCGUGGAGGUUAUCGCUCACAUGGUGGACUGCUUGCACAUUCUCAAGCGUAACGUGCACCGAGAUCAGCCUAAAAUUGGCGAACGUGCCAUCAAGGUAUGGUGCAGACAGAUGUUGGACAAGUGCGAGACGUUCCUUUACCAGGCAGUUAUGGGAGUCAAGGAUGAGGACAGCAAACUUGUGGAAGAGCAAUUGGUGCGCCAUCUCGUGCUUCUUGGAGAGGCAUCUCAGCCCGCACCUCACGCUGUCUCAAGCCAGCUUCACUACCUGGUUCAGGCCUGCAUGACCAGUUCGGGGAGCCCAGAGCCCACGUCUGAGCCCGACGCCAAGAGAGGUGAUAUAAAGAAGAAACGAACCAGGCGGUCCCGGGCACAACGGUCCGGUGGUGGCCUGCGUACUACUCGAUGCGUGCGUGCCCAUGCGGUGAUCGUGAUGGGUAUGUUCUGCAUACAGAAUGAAAUGCUUGCGAAGACCGUAGUGCCAACCAUGGGAAAUUCCCUGUCGUGCAGCCAGGAUCCAAUGAUGCGGGCCAACCUGAUAGUUGUACUGACUGACAUAUGCAAGCGUUACGCCGUCUUGGUCGACCCGUAUCUACCCAUUGUGACACGUUGCAUCAAAGACUCGGUUCCAGCUAUUCGCAGUUUGGUUCUCACAUGCCUGUUGCAGUUGCUGCAGCAGAAUUUUGUGAAGCUGCACGGAUGGCUCUUUUACCGGCUACUUUCAGCCCUUACUGACGAUGAGCGAGAGAUUCGCGAGCUGGCAGAAUUCGGGCUGGUGGACUGCGUGCUCAAGCGAAAUACGCAUGUCUUUUAUGACCGUUUCGUGAACUGCCUCUUCUACUUCAACGCUUACCGAAGUUCCAGCGGCGAGGCGUCACAGGAAAGCGUUGUUGAGGUAACCGAGCGGGACCGGCGCCUGUUCAGCCUCGAAGGGCACGGGCGGCGGGACCAGCGCAUGGCUCUGUACCGCUUCAUGUUGCUCCACAUGCCGGAUGAAGAUAGGUUCAAGCUGACCCUUGCGCUGACCCAAAGUGUGCUUGUGCCGUGUGCGGACACGACAAACACUGGCCUCGGUAUGGAAGAGGAAUACCCUGAGCUGCUGCAUGACGCAUUGUCGGUGAUGGGCUCCGAGGAGAUCCAGCUGAAGACCAUUGUAGCUGCAGCUGAGGAUGCAGCUACAGAGGAGAAUCCUGAGCGGGCCUUGCUGCACACCACACGCAAAACAAUUCUCAGCUUUGUGGUGCGGUCAAAUUUGGUGGAUAACGUGUUUCCUGUGGUCAUUGCUCUGGCGAACAAGUUGGAAGCAGCACGCUCACCACUGCUGCGCUCACUGCUCAUGUACUCGCGUGAGCUCAUGCGCGACUACAAGGCGCAGGUCGACGACAUGCUGUCGGCGGACAAGAAGCUGGCCAGCGAGAUCCCCUUUGACGAGCGGCGCCUGGAACGGGAGGAAGAGGAGAAGGCCGCCGCCAAUGGACGUGCGGUCGCAGCACCAAAGACGCCUGCACGUGCCGUGAACUCGGAGCUCAGGGAACUGCUUGAAACAGCGCGUAAGCUCAAGGAAGAGGCCCUCAAGCGGCGCUACAAUGUGGCGCUGCCACAAGUGGCAUCCGAGGAAGAGACCACGCAGCAGCAGAAUGGCAAUGGCAAGCCUACGCUCCAAGUACACGCCGCCUCAACUAGAGCUGCAGAAAAGGGCGUUAAGAAGAUUUCAGAGGAACCAGCUGCUGACCAGUCUACUUCCAAGCACACACCCAGCAACGCAUGGUUAAUUAAUCAGGCUAGCUCAUCGGCUAGCCUCGAGUCUGCAUCCAGCAAAGGUGGCUCCAGAGCCUCGCCUUCUGGACGACCAAUGGACUCUUCACGAAACCCUGCAGCGCCUGCAGCCAGCAAGUCUGCUUCCGAAGUGAUGCCACGAAGCCGUUCAAACAGCUGCACCAACUCAACAGCCCGAAAGGAACUCGUGAUGGACGUCACUGACAGUCAAGUACAGGAACAGGCGAAUGAUGUUUCAAUGGAAGAGGCUGCUCCGGAUUCCCCGCAGACGUGGUGUUUCAGCUUAUCUGACCUCAGCGACGACAUCAGCGCACUGUCCAUUGAAGAUACCACAGACGAAGCUAAAAAAAUAACAAAAAGGAAAAGCCGCAUUCGCAUGCCUCCUUUGGGAGUUCCCAUUCCAGGGAGGCCCCAGUCGCAGAAGUUACCAAUCAAACUUGGCGAAACUGACUUGGUACAAAGCUCGCCACUACAAAACCUUGCGACUUCACUCGCCAAUACACCGGCACAUUCCGAGACAGAUGCUGGUGAGUUAAAAAAGCCAGCAGAGACUGGUUAAACCAACCAAAUUUCUUUAUCGGCUGCAGACAAGCCCAAGCAGUACUCAGACUAGUACGUCUGUGCUCGGCGACCAAAGAUAAAGGAUCUGCAAGUCGUCCUGAGCAGUUAUUUAUUGUACUUUUAAGUUGUUGUACAGUUAUUGUACUUUUAACACUUUAUUCAAUGUUUCAGCAUGUAAACGUUUUUAUGCAUAUUCAUUUUCAACGAAUAUUAAAACAUGACUGAUGUUCGGCAAUCCCAAGCAGAACUCAGACUAGUACGUCUGUGCUCGGCGACCGAAGACAAAGGCUCUGCAAGUUGUCCUGAACAGUUAUUUAUUGUACUUUUAAGUUAUUGUACAGUUAUUGUACUUUUAACAUUUUAUUCAAUCUUUCAGAAUGUAAUCGUUUUUAUGCAUGUUUAUUUUCAACGAAUAAUAAAACAUGACUGAUGUUCGGCAAUGUUCCUAGUGUGUUGGCGUCUUGAAUCCAGCCUUCUUUUUCUUCCCUUCUCCACCAAGUUUGUGUGGUUGAAGUAACAAGCGAUGAGGCCUAUGAUAAUGUUCAGAGGUGCAAGGUUGAUAUCUUCUUUCAAGGUCUGAAAUGACAGUGAAGUCAUCAAUUCAGUGUGUGCACGAACGUCUUUGUUGAUGAAGCCAUGUUGGGCCAUCAGUUU